AUGGUUUUACAAAGUUUGAAUUUAAAAGGUUAUCUCUAUCUGGUAAAAGCACAUGAGGGCCACAGAUUCGUGGAAACUUCCAGAAGGACUUUCUGUUUGUGCAAACAGUUCCACUAUUGCCUUGGAAAUGGGAGAUUUCGCAUCACUCGCUCAAUUAGCGGAUUUCAUACGAAUAUGGGUAAAACAGAGCAAAAAUAUGCGGGUGUACGGAACAUGGUGUCCUUCUGGAUAUUCGGCAUGUGCAACAACUUUGCCUACAGUGUUAUGCUGGGCGCGGCGCAAGACAUAUUGAAAAGGAAUUCAGACAGCUUCGAAGGAGGAAACAACACCACGGUUGACCAUUGUGUGGAUGAAAUCGUAAUUCGCGAUUGUGCUCCAGCCUCUGCCGGUGUGGUUUUGAUCUGCAAUAUAGUACCAUGCCUUAUUGUAAAAUUGUUCUGCCCAUUCUUCAUGCAUCACAUUCCAUAUGCAGUGAGACAUUUCUUGAUCUGCAUGGCGCAGAUUGGAUCUUUGGUGGUUACUGCAUUUGCUGAAUCAGUGCCAGCUGCCCUCUGCGGAGUUCUAUUGGCAUCUUUUUCGUGUGGUUUUGGUGAGACAACAUAUUUAGGGCUAGCUAGCCAUUAUUCCAAGAACACGAUCUCAACCUGGUCUUCUGGAUCUGGGAUGGCUGGCGUUGCUGCCACAUUCGCCUACGCAGCACUGACUGAUGUAAAUCUUCUCGCUUUGACUCCUUCGAAAGCUAUGCUGAUCAUGCUUAUCGUUCCAAUUCUAUUCACAUUUUCAUACUACAUGUUGCUGGUGCGGGCACCAACCAUUCCAGAAAUUAGUGCUUUCAAGCCCUCAACGUGGCUGGACUUCUCAGAACCUUACAAACGAGAUAUCCAAGAUUCAAGAGCAUCCUCAGAUCUUGAAUCUAAUGGACAAAUAGCAAAACAAACUAAAAUUGAUGCACAAAACAGACCUUUCAACGAACAACUUGUGAUCAUAAGUAAUCUCAUGAAAUACAUGGUUCCUUUUGGGACUGUUUACUUCAUGCAAUACUUCAUCAAGCAAGGUUUGGCUGAACUCGUGGUGUUCGACUGCUCCCACGGUUUUGGGACCAGCUUAGCCUCGCAAUAUCGAUGGUAUCAGGUGUGCUAUCAUAUUGGAGUGUUUAUAUCACGCUCAUCUACUAAUGUGGUAACACUGAAUCUGCUUUGCCUCUCGCUUACUGCCAUUAUUCAGACUUCUUUUGCCACCAUAUUCUUCUUCACUGCCAUAUAUGCUUUCAUUCCACACUUUGGUAUCGUCGCCUUCAUGAUGUUCACAGUAGGUAUCAUCGGAGGAGCUAACUACGCCAACACAUUCUACCACAUCCACAGAAAGGUGGAUCCCACAAUUCGCGAAUUCGCCCUAUCGACGGUUACUUUUGCCGACACCAUCGGAAUCCUUGCAGCAGCCCUCGCAGCUAUACCAGUGCACAACUGGAUUUGCGAGUUGCAAUGGUUCGGCUGAAGAACUGCAGCUUAUUUGAAAAAUUACACGGUCUGUACCGUUACAUUUUGCUGAACCGCAGCAGAUAUGGACUGUCCCACAAUAGACGACUGCUGGAUGAGUCUCAAGUACUGUAAUCGACUCAUACCAACACGAAAAUGUUUCGUAACUGAUUUCUAUGUUCAUACUGUUUCUUUGUUGGCCUUCCUUAUUGACGCGAGUAUUAAGUAUCUCGUUUUUUUUUGCGAAUUUUUUCCUCGCUUCUCCUAUUCCUUUUCUUCCGAGUCUUGCGCAAGCAAGUCAAAUAAAACCAUUCCAAUGCUUUGAA